UUGAGGAGUUUUAUUAUGCAUCCAUGAUCAACCGUUCAAUGUUUCCCCAAGAGCUUGAGCCUCAUGUAGAGUCUCCAAAGAUCCUUGAAAAUGAGGUGGGUGAACAGCUGAUGGCCCCGCAAAAGAUUGCCACGGUGAAGAUGGAAAUGGUAGCUGAUGAUGAUGAGAAGAUGAGAAUGUACGAGAGAGCACGAAUGGCUGUUGAGGCUUGUGACAGGGAACUUCUGGAAAAGACCAGGAAAUAUGAAGAACUAAUGCUGGAGAAGCACAAAAAGAAGAUGCAAGUCCAACAGCUGGAGAAGAUUGUGAGGCUUAAACUUGCAGAGGCUGAUAUGUUCCAACUCAAGGUCAAUGAGGCAAAACAAGAGGUGCUGAGGCUCCAGAAGAUUGCUCUUGUGUCGGAAGAAGAAUAUGCUAACAGCCACCUGAAACAACAAUUGAGGGAAGCCGCGGCAGAGAAGCAGUAUCUAAUUGAGAAGAUUAAACUCGAAGAACAUUCACAGGCAUCCAACAACUGUGGUGGUGGUGGUGGUCCUGCUCAGACAUUGAUUCAUUCGAAAAUGGAUGAUCUGCUUUACAGUGACACUCCUAAGACGGAGUUUAAUUGGAUUCCGUGGUAGCGGUUCUAUUGAUCCAUAUGGAACUUGAAUGCCUAUGGUAAAUUUUCUGUGAAAAAUGCUUACCUCUCUUUGUUCCAAGGUUCUGAAAAAUGGAAAUGGAUCCGGUGACGUUUAUCCAGUGAUCCUAGUUCUCCAAGAUGCAAGCUGCACAUUGAGUCUUUUGAUCAUUUAUUUCGAGGAUGCAAGAUUUUUCUACAAAUCUGGAUCAGGCUUGGUUAUAAUGUUUCUUUCUCUACUUUAUCUUCAGAUUUUGAGGCCUCGCUGGCUAGCUGCUUGUCUGAAAGCUAAAGCUCACAACUCUAAAUCUACUCCUUGGUUUCUUACUUUCUGCAUCAGCUUGUGGUAUAUUUGGAAGUGGAGAUGUAAACUUAUGUUUGGUGCUGCUUUUUCACCUGCCCAAUUGGCUGCAAUGCAAUACGAUGGAAAUUCCUCCCAGGCAAAAUUGGAAAUGACCACUGUUUUGCAUUGGUGCCCUCCUACUAUUUAUACUUUCAAGCUCAAUACUGAUGAAAGUAAAAGUUCAGGGGAUGAAUCUCUUAGUGCUGGGGGUGUUAUUAGGGAUCCAAAUGGUAUUUGGAAUCUACGCUUUUCUGCUAAUUUUGGGACUGGUUCUGUGCUUGUAGUGGGGGUCGUUUCAAGGAUUAAACUUAG